UCAACAACAGCUAGUCAGCCUCCCCGGUAGCUUGCUAGCCAACAUAGCCGAAACAUUAAUGCUCUUUAGACACUUUCUGUGUAUAUUAGCCUCUGUGUUUUAAACAAACUUCUUUUGUAUAGCUAGCUGCCGCAUUUAAUUUCAUUUUACGUUGUUAGAAGUCAGCUAGCUGGCUUGCUAAAUUAGCUCAGCACUAAUGCUAACUAGCUAGCUAACAUCCCGACCAUGAACUCACUAAACUACUCCCCUCCUGUUAAAGAAGAGGUCGUCUCCUGGACGGAGAAAGAAACUCUCAUGAAAGAGGAGAAGGAAGAAGAGGCUGUUACUGUCAAAAUAGAAGCAGAAGCUUUCAGAGUGAAAGAAGAAGAGGAGGAGGAAGAGGAGGAUGCAGUUUCUGGAUUGAAGGAGGAGGGGGAGAUUACUGUCACACUGGAGGAAGAGGGAGAAGAAGAGAAGACAGGAGAUCUGAUUAACGCCACAGGAGAGCGACCAGACUCUCAAUCUGACAGCGGGAAGAGUUCUUCAGUGGAACCAGACCCAGAGACGUCCAAAUCAGCAAGACGACACCGCUGCUCCCAGUGUGGAAAGAGUUUUACCUUGUUUGGGAGUCUGAAAGUACACAAAAGAAUACAUACAAGGGAGAAGCCUUACCAAUGCUCUGAAUGUGAAAAGAGUUUUAGCCAGUUAUGGAGCCUCAAAGAACAUACAAGAGUACACACUGGGAAAAAGCCUUACCAAUGCUCCCAGUGUGGAAAGAGAUUUACCCAGCUAGGGAGCCUGAAAGAGCAUGAAAGUACACACUCCGGAGAGAAGCCGUACAUUUGCUCCCUGUGUGGAAAGACUUUUCCUCGUUUAGGGAACUUGAAAAGGCAUGAAAAUACACACUCAGGAGAUAAGCCUUUCCAAUGCUCCAAGUGUGAAAAGAGUUUUACCUGGAUAGGGCAACUGGAAAAACAUGGAAGAAUGCACACUGGAGAGAAGCCAUACCAAUGCUCCCAGUGUGAAAAGAGUUUUAGCAUGUUUGGGAACCUGAAACGACAUGAGAGGACGCACACGGGGGAGAGACCUUUCCAAUGCUCUCUGUGUGGAAAGAGUUUUACUGUUUUAGGGCAUCUGAAAGAACAUAAGAAAACCCACACAGGAGAUAAGCCUUUCCAAUGCCUCCAAUGUGGAAAGAGUUUUACCCAUUUAGCGAGCCUGAAAAGGCAUGAAGGAACACACACUGGAGAGAGGCCUUUCCAAUGCUCCCAGUGUGGAAAGAGUUUUACCCGGUUAGGGAGCCUGAAAACUCAUGAGAGAACACACACAGGUGAGAAGCUCUUCCACUGCUCAGACUGUGGAAAGAGAUUUUACCAUCUUUGGAACCUGAAAUCACACAAGAGAACACACACAGGGGAGAAGCCUUACCAUUGUUCUCAAUGUGGAAUGGCAUUUACCUGGUUAAGGCAACUGAAAGAACAUGAAAGAAUCCACACCUGAGAGAAUGGUAUCGAUGCUCCCAGUGUGGAAUGUUUUUACCCAGUUUAGGCACCUGAAAGACCAUGAGGUAACACACAAAGAGGAGAUUCCUUGCCAUUACUCUCUGUAGAGCCUUGGGGUUGAGGGCGGUGCAGUUGCCGUACCAGGCGGUGAUGCAGCCGGUGAAGAUGCUCUCAAUGGUACAGCUGUAGAUCUUCUUGAGGAUCUGAGGGCCCAUGCAAAAGGUAUUCAGUCGCCUGAGGCUGUGUGCUUUUGCCUCUGCUGUGCAUCUUGUACACCAAUGACUGUAAAAGCUCCUACCCUGGUAGACCCCUGAUAAAGUUUGCAAACGACACCGCAUUGGUCAGUCUCCUCCAGGAUGAGGAGCUGGAGACACCGCAUUGGUCAGUCUCCUCCAGGAUGAGGAGCUGGAGACACCGCAUUGGUCAGUCUCCUCCAGGAUGAGGAGCUGGAGCACAA